AUGGAGUUGUCAUUCCAUGAUGGUACUAUAAGAGAUUUAGUAUUAAUUAUAAAGAGAUUUAGUUUGUGUUUUUAUUAUAUUCUAGGUAAAGAGAUGGAGUUGUCAUUCCAUGAUGGUGCUAUAAGAGAUUUAGUAUUUAUUAUAAAGAGAUUUAGUUUGUGUUUUUAUUAUUUUCAAGGUAAAGAGAUGGAGUUGUCAUUCCAUGAUGGUACUAUAAGAGAUUUAGUAUUUAUGCAGGAUGCUACUAAUAAAACAUCAAUAUUAAUUAGUGGUGGUGCUGGAGAUUGUAAGAACUAUGUCACAGACUGUGUUACUGGAACUCCCAUCAGAGCUAUGGCUGGUCAUUCUGGUGAGUUAACCAAAUUUACUCAUUAUGUGUUUUGCAACUUUCAAAACUGGCAUAGAUCGUGA